GGGCAACGCGUGUGUGUGGAGUCUAGUGUUUAGUGUGUGUGGAGUUACCGUGAAGCGCUGGUGAUAGCCAGGAGUGUUUGGUAGCACCAUCUCACUGUGAAGGAUUCCUGUUGAGGAAGAGUGGAGAGAUUUAACCAAAAGGAUUUUACCUGUGAUAGACUGGAGCAGGGGUUUUUAGGGCGAGUCGGAGGCCAUGAGGACGAAAGAGAGGCUACGUGAAGGAGUGUGGUCACAGUUCUGCUAGAGGAUAGGGCUGAAAACGGAGUAACAGGAACAAACAGCAGCAACCUUCAGAACUGCCUUGGUUCAACACUGUUUUGGUCAGACAACGGGAACAGUCUCUUACGGCUGGUCUGAAUCAUGGGGAACGUUGAGAGCCAAAAUGGCGACAGCGGUUUCCACGGAGACAAGACAGGACACUUGUCCCGAAAGCAAACGUCCCGAUCCCUCAGACUCCCAACCAAGCAGCAGAAUCCCAGCCAACGCUCCCGACGACAAUCAGCAGGGAAAUCGGAACAUCGAAAUUCUGAAACCAGCACCCGCUCCUCCAGCACACCCAGCCUCCCACAAUCCUUAGCAGAAAAUGGCCUGGAACCAUUCAACCAGACUGACGAGCUGGGGGAGUUUGGAAUCAACCCCAAUUGGAUGGACCGUGUUGCCAUGACAAUGAGCCCAUCCGAGUCCUUUCCGCACGACGAUGAUGACCUCACCGGUCACCCCUCUGUAGCCACACCCACUUCACAAACUUCCGAGGCAGACACGAUGGCUCUGGACCGGGAAGGAGAGGAGGGAGGAGGGAGGAUGUAUAUGAGAGAAGGGGAGGAGACAGAGAGAGAGAAGGAUGGAGAAGUACGGUAUCUCCAAAGGGUUAGGGAGGGGCCGAGGGAAGAAGGAAGCUUUAAAAAGAAGCGGUCAAAGUCGGCAGACAUGUGGAGAGACGACAGUCUGGACUUCUCUGUGUCCGACCUCAGCCAGGACCUCCUGACUUCCACCGAGGAAAUUAUAGAUGGAGGAGAGGAGGAAGAGGAGGAGGAGGAAGAGAGAGACUUUCCUUCUUCCAGAGGAACUGCAGGUUCUGCGGAGAGAGCCCUAUCUUUAGACCACCUGUGUAGCCAGCGCUUCCCGCCGGCUCCACGAGGAACACGGAACCCAUACGCAAAGAUUCGACGGGACGGCGAACGCACCUCCCAUGGAGGGAGAGAUGGAGAGGGAGACGUGACCUCGCCCCAGGAGGAAGAGGGGAGCGCGUACGGGGCAUUCACGCUCCCCUGUCGGAGGUCUCAUUGCCUCUCUGAAGGUCUAACGGGACAGCAGGUGGCACCGUGUCCAACCUUCCAGGGCCGACGGGCCCAGACCACACAGGACAUCUCCGGCGUACUGCACGAGGGCAGCCAGUAUGACGACAGUGUCACUGAUGGUGUUGCCAUGGAGAUGGAUGGGGAGGCGGGGCCUGGGACGCGGCGUUGCAAGGCCAUGUCGGCCUCCUUCUCCGUCUACUCCGCCGCCGGGAGCAGCCUGUUCAACGGGAGCGACAGCGGGAGCAGCAGUGGAGGAGGCGGUGGAGGGGGAGUGUACGAGAACUUCCGUCAGUUUGAGAGCCAACACUGGGCUCAUGCCUGCAGUGAGGAGGCGGGCUCAGCUGUGAGUGACGAGCGAAGCAGCGGCACACUGAGCACUGCGUUUCCUUCAGACGCCCUGAUUGGCUGCUGCUCGCAGGGCACGGUGAGGAAGGCGGGAGCUCUGGCUGUGAAGAACUUCCUUGUUCACAAGAAAAGCAAGAAGGUGGAGCCUGCUACCAAGAGGAAGUGGAAACACUACUGGGUCUGCCUCAAAGGAUGCUCUCUGUUCCUGUACGAGACCGACGGGCGGUCUGGGAUUGACCACAGCAGUGUUCCCAAACACGCGGUGUGGGCGGAGCUGGGGAUUGUCCAGGCUGUCCCUGAACACCCCAAGAAGGACUUUGUCUUCUGCCUCAGCACCUCUCAGGGGGAUGCGUAUCUCUUCCAGACGUCGGGUCAGACAGAACUGGAGAAUUGGAUCACAGCGAUUCACUCAGCGUGCGCCGCAGCCGUUGCCAGGCAGCAUCACCGCGAGGAUACAGUACGGUUGCUCCGGACGGAGAUCAGGAAACUGGAGCAGAAGAUCGACAUGGACGAGAAGAUGAAGAAGAUGGGAGACAUGCAGCUCUCCGCCGUCACCGACAACAAGAAGAGGAAGACCAUACUGGAUCAGAUCUUUCUGUGGGAACAGAAUCUGGAGCAGUUCCACAUGGACCUGUUCCGGUGUCGAUGUUACCUGUCCAGCCUACAGGGGGGGGAGCUGCCCAACCCCAAACGCCUGCUGGCUGUCGCCUCCAAAACCACCAAACUGGCCAUGGGACGCCUGGGGAUCUUCUCUGUCUCCUCGUUUCACGCUCUGGUAACGGCUCGUAUGGAGAGUACAGUGAGGAGGCGGUCUCAGGCUAUGCCCCGCCCUUCUAUUAAACGGAGGAGUCGUUUCUCCUCACUCUGGGGGAUAGACACUGCCUCCAAGAAGAAGAUUAAAGGACGACCCAGCAUCAAGCAGGUGUUUGCUGAUGGAAUGGAACCGGUGAAGAAAUCUCUGGACAGAAUGUUUGAUGACACAAAUAGUGAGAAAUCGAAGGAUCCAGAGGGCCCGGUGAAAGGCCUUCCCCAGGACACCUUGGACUCCUGGGUUCCCGACUGUCUGUCUCCAUCCUGGGUGUGUUUGCCCAGUGACCAGCCUGUUCUGACCAUUGUCCACCCGGGAGACACGGCCAUGGACGUGCUGCACAGCAUCUGCAAGGCACAUAAGCUGGAACCAUGUAACUUCUACCUGCUUCUGAAGGUGUGUGUAAAGGAUCGACUGUUGCUGUACGUUCCCAAACCGGAGGAGGACAUCUCUGAUCUGGUCUACAAAGAGAUUGAGAUCUGCCCCAGAACCACCAAGGUGAUCCGUUUUGACAAGGCAGAGUCUUGUACCAUGGCGUAUGGUUUUUCAAUAGAAGUGGUGGAGGAGGAGGGAACCCAGCAGCUUUACAUCACUGAAGUGAAGGCAGGAGGACUGGCUUCUGCUAAAGGCCUGUGUGUGGGAGAUGAGAUCCUACUGCUGAACGGUAAACCGGCAUUGGCACUGGGCCAGGAGGAUAUGAGGUCAGCGUUUGUUGAGCCCUCGUUGUCUCUGAGCGUGAGCACCCUACCGAAGCUGGACCCCCGUGACCUCUGUCCUCUGAUCCCUCGACGCUCCAACCCGGCAGAACUUGAUGCCUGCACCGACAUAUAUUCCCAAAGCCAAGAGGACAUUCUAGAUGAGGUAUCAGGUUUGACAGUGGUCAGUCCAGAUGACACUGUGGAGAAAGGCCUGGUUCUGUGUCUGGAGACCACAGAACCUGACCAGAUGGACCACCCUGACACAGGACAGAGGAGUACAGAGCAGAUGACAGCAUUCUGUCAGAGUCUCCAUGAGAUGAAUCCUUCUGACCCUCCUCCGCGCCGCUCCUCCUCUUCCUCGUCCUCUUCUUCCUCACACUCUCCCAGCCCCGUGACCCCCCCUCCUCCCACGGUGGGCGCUGCCACCCAGAGACACAUGUCACACGCCGACAAACUACGGAAGGUUAUUAGUGAACUCGUGGAGACAGAAAGAACAUACGUCAAGGAUCUGAGCUGUCUGAUUGAGCGUUACCUGACUCCUCUACAAAGGGAAAGAUUCCUCAGCCAGGAUGAGCUGGAUGUGCUGUUUGGUAACCUGACGGAGAUGUUGGAGUUCCAGGUGGAGUUUCUCAAGACCCUGGAAGAUGGGACCAGGCUAGUAGCUGACCUGGACCAACUAGAGAGAGUCCAACAAUUUAAAAAAGUUCUAUUUUCCCUGGGUGGAUCCUUUCUGUACUAUGCUGACCGCUUUAAGAUCUACAGUGCUUUCUGUGCCAGCCACACGAAGGUGCCCAAAGUCCUGGCAAAAGCCAAGACCGACCCGGACUUCAAGGCCUUCCUGGCAGAGAGAAACCCCCGGCAGCAGCACUCCUCCACACUGGAGUCCUACCUGAUCAAACCCAUCCAGAGGGUCCUGAAGUACCCCCUACUGCUGAGGGAGCUCUACUCUCUCACGGACCCUGACAGCGAAGAACACUAUCAUCUGGACGUCGCGAUGAAGGCCAUGAACAAGGUGGCCAGCCACAUCAACGAGAUGCAGAAGAUCCACGAGGAGUUUGGAGCCGUGUUUGACCAGCUCAUCAGCGAACAGACCUCAGACAAGAAGGAGGUGGCUGACCUGUCUAUGGGAGACCUGCUCCUCCACUCGACCAUGCAGUGGAUCAACCCUCCCGCCUCCCUGGUCAAGGGCAAGAGGGACCCAGAGCUGGCUGCCUUCGUUUUCAAGACGGCAGUGGUGUUUGUCUACAGAGAUUCCUCCAAGCAGAAGAAGAAGAUGGGAGCCGCUCACCGUGCCACUGUGUCAGAUGACAGGGAUCUGUUCCGUUUUCGUCACAUGAUUUCAAUAGAUGCCCUUCAAGUCCGUGCCCUUGCAAAUGUGGAAGGUUCAGCGCUGUGUGAGAUAAUCCAUGUGAAGUCAGAGUCUGAGGGGAGACCAGAGAGGACCUUUCAGCUGUGCUGCAGCUCCGUGGACAGUAAGAAGGACUUUCUAAAGGCAGUCCAUUCCAUUCUGAGAGACAAACAGCGACGUCAGCUGAUGAAGACGGAGUCUCUUCCUCCCAACCAGCAGUAUGUCCCCUUCGGAGGGAAACGACUCUGUAACCUGAAGGGAAACAGACCUGCCAUGAACAGAACAGUCUCAGCCCCAUCUCGGACCCUGGGUCGGAGGAGGCUGGUUAAAAACCGGUUCACCAUCGACACAGACCUCAUUCUCCAUGGAAACAAUGAAUACUCAGACUUUAACCACGCCCACUCCAACCCUGACUCCUCCCACCAGCCCACGCCAUCCCACAACACCCUGCUCCCUACCCAGAAGCCUCAGGAGCAGCAGGUGGUAUCGAAGGCAGGCGACACGGACCGCUGGGUGGAGGAACAGUUUGAGCUUGGUCGCUACGACGACCAGGGGGGCAUGACGGGGGAGGUGAAAGAGACUGACAUUCUGAGCGACGAUGACGAGUAUUGCCAGUCAGUCAGGGCUUCGUCCGCCGAACCCAGCCUCCUGGAGCAAAGGAUGGAGGGAGUGGCUCUGGACGAGAGGACGGGAGUGAUCGUGAAAGAGGAGGAGAUUAAGAGGAGACUGAACCGAGUGGGGGAGGUGACGAGUAGCAGCUUCCAUGGUGUUCUCUGUGAGGGUGGAGACAGAGUUAAGACCCACCCCUCAUCCCCGGUCCCUCCCCGCUCACGGUCGCCUGCCCCUCCCGUGAGGCUUACCCCUCUCAGGAAGCAGUGCGCUGUGGAGGGCGGAGUCGAGAACGAUCUCUGUGAUGUCAUCUGGGUGCGACGCGAAGACUACGCCAAUGUGCAGAACAGUGAUGUCUUCUGAGGAGGGAGAUGGAGGCAGAUGAUUGACCGGCGGGGGAGGAGUAAUGUCUCCUAAAUGGGGAGGGAUAAGUGACAUGGCAAAGGAGGUUCAUUCAUAUAAGCUUUAAAAAAAGGAGGCGUUUGAGGAGGGAAGAACAACCCCUUGUCCAUUUAAACUCAGUUUUUCGACCCUGUUUAGCCCUGCCUUUUUCCUGAUUCCAUACCUUUCUCCCCCUCCUCCUGCCCCCUCUUCCCUUACCAGCAUAGCUGUACUCCUCCUAUAGGGGUGGAUUCACCAGAAACAACUGGAUGCAACAUGCGCAGAGUGGGAAGUGACUAACCUGAACUUGUCGUAAGACAUGCUCAUACCUUUUGGAAAACAUGUUAUGUUGCAAAGCAGUUUGUUACGGAGUGGAGUGUUGAACUGGCCCCACCCCGACCAUGCCCUGACAAUCCUACCGUCAUCUGCUGGGAGGCGGACCACAUUAAUGCUGCCUCCACCGAAAACACACACACACACACACGUGCACACGUGCACACGUGCACACGCGCACAGAGACAGACAGACACUGAAACACACACUGACAUUGUACUAUGACGUCUUGUUGCCAAAAGAAUUCUAUUUUUCCAACACAGGAAUGAUAGCUUGUAUUUUUGCUGGUGGGAAUUUGAAACACAAGGGCUGUGUGUAACUUCUAAACCCGGUCUGGCUCCCAAAACGACACCAUAUUCCCUAUGAAGUGCGCUAAACCAGGGCCCAUGCAGUCCAGCCAGGAGUAGUGUGCUACAUAGUUAAUAGGUGCCCAUGGGGCUGUGGCCUAAUCCUUUACAUAAGGGGUCUGCUUUUGUAAUACAUAGAGAUACCUAGAGGACUCAACGUAGAGACAAGAUGAGACCUCUGUCCUCUGGGAAGACCAACUCUGCUAGCUUGACAACACUUACUGUUCUGCUCUACAUUGGCUGAUUAGAGCACUCAGAUUAAUUGUUAUAAAGCAAAGGGUUUUUUUUUCUUCUAAAAUAGCAUUCCUUUCAUUCACACUCACGUCUACGUUGCAAUGUCAUUUUUCAAAUCGUAAUUUUAUUUUCAUCUUGUAAAAACAGAAACGUAUCUUAUACUUUUAGUUUACAUGACAUUUAACUGUCCAGUAUUACUCACUUCUCAAACAUUGUCUUGGACGUGGCAGGAUAUGACUUCAUAGUAGUAAUAGGAUUCCUGUUUUACUUGAAUUUUCUUUUGAAGUUUGGUUCGAAUGAAAACAUUUGACAGAACCCCAGCCGUUACUGACUACCAGCCCACCAAAGGGGCUUCCUACCAAGUAGGAUCAAUGAGUGAGCCAGCUAACUUUGAUAACCAGAAAUAAUCACAACUUAAUUAGACCGUGCCCAUUUCAAGUUUUUAAAGUUAAAAAAAUAAAGCGUAAUAUUUAGGCAAGUUAGCUGGCUGAGUCCAUUAUGGUGAAAUACAUUCAACUGGAUUGAUGCCAUUCUGACACGCAAAGCUGUUUCAAGCUGCCUACAUAUUCUGCCAUAGCACUGGGCGAUACGAGGUCUAGACUGGGAGAUCCCUCAAAAGCUAAAAUUCUGGUAAAUUAUUCAAAUUCAGAUAACAGAAGGUUCAGAGUUGUUAUGGUUCAUCACUGACCAGAAUAUAUCAAUUUUUUUACACUGACAAACUGAUCAAUGUGGAUGAUUAAAAAAAAUUGACAAUGUUGUUAAUGUUAAGAAAUCCAACCAACUUUAUAAUUAGUAAUGGGUUGUUAAAAUCUCAUUGGCAUAGAAGCAUUGUCCACCAAUGAUCAUAUCACUAAUUACUUCCUGAUCCCUGCUCAUGGAAAAAAAAACGUAUCACAAUCAGGACAGCACAUUUAGCAGACAGAGUUACAGUAUUUCUGGUUGUUUGAUCCAUGUUAUUGAUCUAACUGACUAACCCAUUGGUCUGUUGACCCGGCUGGUCAACUGUUUGAUACUUCAAACACACUAGCAACCAAAGUUGUCCAAGUGUGUUUAAAUCGAACAAAAGUUUUCUUUGUGUCUUUCUCCAUUCAUGUUUUGGCCAUUUAGCAGAUGUAUUUAUCUAGAGAACCUUAGUGUAUAACCAACAGGAGCAGUGAUCUAUUUAUUUUCCUAUCGUAUUACGAACAAUACAUCCCCCUACCUGGGCAAUACAACUGCUAACCCAUUGUUAUUUCUACAUCCCACAGUCCUCCAACUGAAACCACUGAAUCUGUUGCGCGCCCACAGAAUAAUUCAUGAUUAACCUUUUUAGAGCACAAUUAUCCAUGGAUUUGACAUUGUCAGACAUGGGAAGGAGAAUCAUAUCAAACUGUGGGAUUAAAUGCACAACACGACUAAUCUGGAGGUUGAAACAGGACGUUGAGUUUUUCCUCACAACAAGGGCUCCUUGAUGUCCGUGGUCAGGUCACAUGAUCAUUACGGUAAAACUCCUGGGUUUGAGUUGGCAAUGAAAACACCAGGCAGGAUCUACAGGAAUAGCGGGGACUUCAAACAAGUUCCAUUGUCUUAUCAAUAAUGAGUUGUUAGGGUCAUUAUAUUCUCCUUUACAACUCCCGGUACCUAUACUAACACUAUCCCUGAGACUGGUUGGGUACUAAACAGCACCUGUAGUGCAUUAUUUUGAACUAGGUACAUUAUUUUGAACAUAGGCUCCUGGUCUAAAGUCAUGCACUAAGCUGGGGCGUAGGCUGCCAUUUAGGACAUACCCAUUGUGAAGUACAAUCACUGGUCUAGUGGGGAAUCUUGUUCCUUAGACUUUCCCCACUUCUGCAUUUUUAAAGCUGUGUUUGUUCAACUGUGGAUUACUAUGACAUUAUUAUUAUUAUUGUUAAUAAAAAAUUAAAUAUUA